AAUGUGGCAAUGGAAGGCGCAGGGUCUGACUCCCCGGCAGCGGCCGCGGCCGCAGCGGCAGCAGCGCCCGCCGUGUGAGCAGCAGCAGCGGCUGGUCUGUCAACCGGAGCCCGAGCCCGAGCAACCUGCGGCCAGCAGCGUCCUCGCGAGCCGAGCGCCCAGGCGCGCCAGGAGCCCGCAGCAGCGGCAGCAGCGCGCCGGGCCGCCCGGGAAGCCUCCGUCCCCGCGGCGGCGGCGGCGGCGGCGGCGGCAACAUGGCCUCGGCUGGUAACGCCGCCGAGCCCCAGGACCGCGGCGGCGGCGGCAGCGGCUGUAUCGGUGCCCCGGGCCGGCCGGCUGGAGGCGGGAGGCGCAGACGGACGGGGGGGCUGCGCCGUGCUGCCGCGCCGGACCGGGACUAUCUGCACCGGCCCAGCUACUGCGACGCCGCCUUCGCUCUGGAGCAGAUUUCCAAGGGGAAGGCUACUGGCCGGAAAGCGCCGCUGUGGCUGAGAGCGAAGUUUCAGAGACUCUUAUUUAAACUGGGUUGUUACAUUCAAAAAAACUGCGGCAAGUUCUUGGUUGUGGGCCUCCUCAUAUUUGGGGCCUUCGCGGUGGGAUUAAAGGCAGCGAACCUCGAGACCAACGUGGAGGAGCUGUGGGUGGAAGUUGGAGGACGAGUAAGUCGUGAAUUAAAUUAUACUCGCCAGAAGAUUGGAGAAGAGGCUAUGUUUAAUCCUCAACUCAUGAUACAGACCCCUAAAGAAGAAGGUGCUAACAUCCUGACCACAGAAGCCCUCCUACAACACCUGGACUCGGCACUCCAGGCCAGCCGUGUCCACGUAUACAUGUACAACAGGCAGUGGAAAUUGGAACAUUUGUGUUACAAAUCAGGAGAGCUUAUCACAGAAACAGGUUACAUGGAUCAGAUAAUAGAAUAUCUUUACCCUUGUUUGAUUAUUACACCUUUGGACUGCUUCUGGGAAGGGGCGAAAUUACAGUCUGGGACAGCAUACCUCCUAGGUAAACCUCCUUUGCGGUGGACAAACUUCGACCCUUUGGAAUUCCUAGAAGAGUUAAAGAAAAUAAACUAUCAAGUGGACAGCUGGGAGGAAAUGCUGAAUAAGGCUGAGGUUGGUCAUGGUUACAUGGACCGCCCCUGCCUCAAUCCGGCCGAUCCAGACUGCCCCGCCACAGCCCCCAACAAAAAUUCAACCAAACCUCUUGAUAUGGCCCUUGUUUUGAAUGGUGGAUGUCAUGGCUUAUCCAGAAAGUAUAUGCACUGGCAGGAGGAGUUGAUUGUGGGUGGCACAGUCAAGAACAGCACUGGAAAACUCAUCAGCGCCCACGCCCUGCAGACCAUGUUCCAGUUAAUGACUCCCAAGCAAAUGUACGAGCACUUCAAGGGGUACGAGUAUGUCUCACACAUCAACUGGAACGAGGACAAGGCGGCAGCCAUCCUGGAGGCCUGGCAGAGGACAUAUGUGGAGGUAGUUCAUCAGAGUGUCGCACAGAACUCCACUCAAAAGGUGCUUUCCUUCACCACCACGACCCUGGACGACAUCCUGAAAUCCUUCUCUGACGUCAGUGUCAUCCGCGUGGCCAGCGGCUACUUACUCAUGCUCGCCUAUGCCUGUCUAACCAUGCUGCGCUGGGACUGCUCCAAGUCCCAGGGUGCCGUGGGGCUGGCUGGCGUCCUGCUGGUUGCACUGUCAGUGGCUGCAGGACUGGGCCUGUGCUCAUUGAUCGGAAUUUCCUUUAACGCUGCAACAACUCAGGUUUUGCCAUUUCUCGCUCUUGGUGUUGGUGUGGAUGAUGUUUUUCUUCUGGCCCAUGCCUUCAGUGAAACCGGACAGAAUAAAAGAAUCCCUUUUGAGGACAGGACCGGGGAGUGCCUGAAGCGCACAGGAGCCAGCGUGGCCCUCACGUCCAUCAGCAAUGUCACAGCCUUCUUCAUGGCCGCGUUAAUCCCAAUUCCUGCUCUGCGGGCCUUCUCCCUCCAGGCAGCGGUAGUAGUGGUGUUCAAUUUUGCCAUGGUUCUGCUCAUUUUUCCUGCAAUUCUCAGCAUGGAUUUAUAUCGACGCGAGGACAGGAGACUGGAUAUUUUCUGCUGUUUUACAAGCCCCUGCGUCAGCAGAGUGAUUCAGGUUGAACCUCAGGCCUACACCGACACACACGACAAUACCCGCUACAGCCCCCCACCCCCCUACAGCAGCCACAGCUUUGCCCACGAAACGCAGAUUACUAUGCAGUCCACUGUCCAGCUCCGCACAGAGUACGACCCCCACACACACGUGUACUACACCACUGCCGAGCCGCGCUCCGAGAUCUCCGUGCAGCCCGUCACCGUGACACAGGACACCCUCAGCUGCCAGAGCCCGGAGAGCACCAGCUCCACAAGGGACCUGCUCUCCCAGUUCUCCGACUCCAGCCUCCACUGCCUCGAGCCCCCCUGUACCAAGUGGACACUCUCAUCUUUUGCUGAGAAGCACUAUGCUCCUUUCCUCUUAAAACCAAAAGCCAAGGUAGUGGUGAUCUUCCUUUUUCUGGGCUUGCUGGGGGUCAGCCUUUAUGGGACCACCCGAGUGAGAGACGGGCUGGACCUUACGGACAUUGUACCUCGGGAAACCAGAGAAUAUGACUUUAUUGCUGCACAAUUCAAAUACUUUUCUUUCUACAACAUGUAUAUAGUCACCCAGAAAGCAGACUACCCGAAUAUCCAGCACUUACUUUACGACCUACACAGGAGUUUCAGUAACGUGAAGUAUGUCAUGUUGGAAGAAAACAAACAGCUUCCCAAAAUGUGGCUGCACUACUUCAGAGACUGGCUUCAGGGACUUCAGGAUGCAUUUGACAGUGACUGGGAAACCGGGAAAAUCAUGCCAAACAAUUACAAGAAUGGAUCAGACGAUGGAGUCCUUGCCUACAAACUCCUGGUGCAAACCGGCAGCCGCGAUAAGCCCAUCGACAUCAGCCAGUUGACUAAACAGCGUCUGGUGGAUGCAGAUGGCAUCAUUAAUCCCAGUGCUUUCUACAUCUACCUGACGGCUUGGGUCAGCAACGACCCCGUCGCAUAUGCUGCCUCCCAGGCCAACAUCCGGCCACACCGACCGGAAUGGGUCCACGACAAAGCCGACUACAUGCCUGAAACAAGGCUGAGAAUCCCGGCAGCAGAGCCCAUCGAGUAUGCCCAGUUCCCUUUCUACCUCAACGGCUUGCGGGACACCUCAGACUUUGUGGAGGCGAUUGAAAAAGUAAGGACCAUCUGCAGCAACUAUACAAGCCUGGGGCUGUCCAGUUACCCCAACGGCUACCCCUUCCUCUUCUGGGAGCAGUACAUCGGCCUCCGCCACUGGCUGCUGCUGUUCAUCAGCGUGGUGUUGGCCUGCACAUUCCUCGUGUGCGCUGUCUUCCUUCUGAACCCCUGGACGGCCGGGAUCAUUGUGGUGGUCCUGGCGCUGAUGACGGUCGAGCUCUUCGGCAUGAUGGGCCUCAUCGGAAUCAAGCUCAGCGCCGUGCCCGUGGUCAUCCUGAUCGCUUCUGUUGGCAUAGGAGUGGAAUUCACCGUUCACGUUGCUUUGGCCUUUCUGACGGCCAUCGGCGACAAGAACCGCAGGGCUGUGCUUGCCCUGGAGCAUAUGUUUGCACCCGUCCUGGACGGCGCUGUGUCCACUCUGCUGGGAGUGCUGAUGCUUGCGGGAUCUGAGUUCGACUUCAUUGUCAGGUAUUUCUUUGCUGUGCUGGCGAUCCUCACCAUCCUCGGCGUUCUCAAUGGGCUGGUUUUGCUUCCCGUGCUUUUGUCUUUCUUUGGACCAUAUCCUGAGGUGUCUCCAGCCAACGGCUUGAACCGCCUGCCCACACCCUCCCCUGAGCCACCCCCCAGCGUGGUCCGGUUCGCCAUGCCGCCCGGCCACAUGCACAGCGGGUCUGAUUCCUCCGACUCAGAGUAUAGUUCCCAGACGACAGUGUCAGGCCUCAGCGAGGAGCUUCGGCACUAUGAGGCCCAGCAGGCCGCGGGAGGCCCUGCCCACCAAGUGAUCGUGGAAGCCACAGAAAACCCCGUCUUCGCCCACUCCACUGUGGUCCAUCCCGAAUCCAGGCAUCACCCACCCUCGAACCCGCGACAGCAGCCCCGCAGGGACCCCCCCAGAGAAGGCUUGUGGCCACCCCCCUACAGACCGCGCAGAGACGCUUUUGAAAUUUCUACUGAAGGGCAUUCUGGCCCUAGCAAUAGGGACCGCUGGGGCCCCCGUGGGGCCCGUUCUCACAACCCUCGGAACCCAGCGUCCACUGCCAUGGGCAGCUCCAUGCCCGGCUACUGCCAGCCCAUCACCACUGUGACAGCUUCUGCCUCCGUGACUGUCGCCGUGCACCCGCCGCCUGUCCCUGGGCCUGGGCGGAACCCCCGAGGGGGGCUCUGCCCGGGCUACCCUGAGACUGACCACGGCCUGUUCGAGGACCCCCACGUGCCUUUCCACGUCCGGCGUGAGAGGAGGGAUUCAAAGGUGGAAGUCAUUGAGCUGCAGGACGUGGAAUGCGAGGAGAGGCCCCGGGGAAGCAACUCCAACUGA